CACCAGCAGGAAGCGGCUGGGGAGUAGCAGGACAGCCAUUGCAGUGUCGUGGCUCAGUAACAAAAUACGAAAGGGCUGAGGAAGACCUGGCAGCCGCUCUCCCCGUUCCCCUUGACCGACAGAUUAAUUUACAUGACUGUUAGAGCGUAGGCACUCUUUAAAUAAUUCUACAUCUAAACAACCGAGUUCAACAGCUCCGGAUAUGUCAUUCCUGUUCGAUUGGAUUUAUAGCGGUUUCAAUAGCGUACUACAGUUUUUAGGACUGUACAAGAAAUCGGGCAAGUUAGUAUUUCUUGGCCUGGACAAUGCUGGCAAAACGACGCUACUGCACAUGCUCAAAGAUGACAGACUGGGACAGCAUGUGCCAACUUUACACCCAACAUCAGAGGAGCUGACGAUUGCUGGCAUGACAUUCACCACCUUUGACCUUGGAGGCCACGCACAAGCCCGGAGAGUGUGGAAAACCUACCUCCCUGCCAUUAACGGGAUCGUCUUCAUCGUGGAUUGUGCAGACCUUCAGAGAAUGAGUGAAUCUAAAGCAGAACUUGAUGCGUUGAUGACAGACGAGACCAUCGGAAAUGUGCCUAUCUUAAUCCUGGGCAACAAAAUCGACAGGCCUGAAGCCGUGAGCGAGGAGAAGCUGCGCGAAUGUUUUGGAUUAUACGGACAGACGACAGGCAAGGGCAACGUUCCCAUGAAGGAGCUGAACACGAGACCGCUGGAGGUCUUCAUGUGCAGCGUGCUGAAGAGGCAGGGCUACGGCGAGGGCUUCCGCUGGCUGUCCCAGUACAUCGACUAAACCGGCCCCGCCUCCCACUACACCGUCGCUAGGGGGCGCCAAAACCAGCCGUUCCAGACGCCUCCGCCGCCAUCAUCAUCAUCAUCAUCCUCUCAGCCCCGUUCGGUUAAUCAAGUCUGCCUUCGCCUCCAGAGAAACCAGUACGACUCGACCCCAAUAGACUUUUAUUGGUCGAACAUUUGGUUCACACUCACUUUCAUCAUCAUCUUUAUUUUUAUGUCAUGUUGUCCUCGAGGCAGGGCGUCACGUUGAAAUGGUUGAAUCUUUUCUACACCAUGUCUGUCGUUUGCUGUCCUCCUCUUCCGACACUCUGAAGUUUAAAUCUGUUUGAUUCUGUUGCUGAAUAAACUUCUUCCUUCCCCCAAACUCAGACGGCCACACAGCAGGACACUUUUCUAACAGGUAAAUUCAUUCCACGUUGUAUUUAAUCAGUGUUUUCUUUGACAUGGUUGGAGUAAAUCUAAAAAUGGCCCUCAGCAUCACACAUUUGGCUGUUUCCCCGUGUGUCUGAAUGGAGCGUUUAGUGCAUCACACGUUAGAUCCACAUCUCUCUCUCUGUCCRGCCUCUGAGCCGCCUCCCUUUUUAAAACGGAGCCGACUUCKCUCUGGUUUUCGUUUUAAAAUAGAAUAUGAUACUGGCUAUAAUAACUCUUUGAUAAAAUUAUGUAGAUAUCACAAUGUUCAGCUGACGCAACGAUGGAUGUUUAAAGGAAUCCGUAACACGCCAUAAAGAGACGAGGGAGGAUUAAAGAGACGCUGGUUGAAAUUAGGCAAUAUUAGAAGCAAGUGAGACGUUUGGCAGGAUGAGACAGGUAGACAGACAGGUAGACAGACAGACAGGUAGACAGACAGGUAGACAGGUAGCCCAGAACACCUCCAGCAAAGGGACCAUGUUAAAUAUAAACACAUGAAAUGUACACAAACAUCGUACAUGGAUUUUCUAUUUCUGAGUGGGAUCCUUUGAAACAUUAACAGGAACUAUUAUGCAUGCCUUGUUCUUUUGAUUAUUUUUAAGAGCUAUUAUUAACUCUGUACGAGGGACGACGAUGCCAAAAUUACCAACUAGAGAUGAUUGUCAUGUUUUUUUAAGGAAACAAUGGAAAUGUGCAUAAUAUACUUUAAUCUGUCCCUGUGUGUCUCUUUCGUCCCUCAUGAAUAAGUAAUGAGAUGUUCCAACAUGAAUGGGACCUGCUGUUGUUUGCAUCAUUAAAAAAUGUAAUAAAUGUUUGCAAUGAAUAAUCGGAUCAAUCAAUCUAAUUUUAUUUGUGCUUUUCAGGAGCAAAAUGUAAAUAUUUACAUGAAUUGUCAACACAAAUGUGGAGGAAAAUAUUAUUUUUAUCCUGUGUUUACUAAAGAAAAUCCAAAAUAUUUCCAAAAUUAAUGGAAACAAUCUGGCAACAAUGAUUAAAAUGUGUAAUAAAGGAUGCAAGUYGUGCUUUUUUCCACAACUUUUAAUAUUUAACAGAACCUGAUGCAUAUAAUUUAUGUCUGAAAUCAGGAGGGUUCUGGAAUGGCCUAGUCAAAGUCUGGGCUCAGAUCUAUUAAACAGGCUGUGGCAUGAGCAAGGUUUUGGAAACGUGACUCACAAAUAACUAAAGUUUGUUCAAUUUUGUUUUAUGAAAUAUUUAAUAAUGACCAAAAAGACAAAAACAGAAUAAAUGUUAGUGGGAAUAAAAAAAAAUUAAUUUCUUUUUUAGCUCAAAUUCAAAAGCUGACGCCUCUGUGGGACCAGUGAGGUCUGUAAAGAAGUGAAUGAACAUUAAACGUCUGUAUCUGUGUCCAUUCCACAUUUCAGCCUGUUUGGAAAAGUAGCAAUAAGUUCAAACUUUGCAUCUUGUUUCUGUUUUAAAAUAUAUUUUAAAUUCCUUGCAUCUUCAUUCCACCAUAGAAAAAAUAUAAUUAAAAGCAAAGAUGAACAUUCCUGCCAGUCGGGUGACGAAAUGUGAGCCUCUGUCCUAUAAAGCAACAGCUUGCAGAAUUUGGUCUAAGCUUGUCCAUCGUUAGAAAUGAAUAAAUUUACUAUCCAGACACAAAACCUGUGAUUUGAAUUCUCUAAAUGUAAAAUGAAGAAUAAAGAUGAUUUGGCUGGAC